GGGGUGGGGGUCUUUGGAAGGAGAACAAUAGUGUGAAGUUACAGGAAAGAACAUCUGGCCCUGACUAAGUCGGGGUUUGGGGAAGAAGCUGGGCUGAGGGCAAGCGAGGCUGCUCUGCACAGAUCCUCUCCCUUCCUGGGAUGAGCUGCAUUUUCAUGCUCAGGCUGGCUGGCUGCAUUAUCUUGAAAUUUUCCUUCCCCUUUCCCCCAGCCUCAACUCUUCCCAACUCCAAUCCUGACUCAGAACGUAGAGUCUGAUUUGGAGCAUGGAAGACAAAACCAUGUAAGGUCUGUGGAAAUCACAGCUGUUCAGACCCGCCUCCAGCUCCAGCCACCCCGCCCCCUUGCCCCAGCCUCCCUGUGUCCUUCCCACCCUUAGUCCCAGGCAUCUGACUACCGGGAACCUCGGCCAGCAUCCAGGAGCGCCCCCUGCCACCGUCAGAGCCUGCGUCUUGCUGUCCUGAGAAUACAUUGCUCUCCUUUGGUUGAAUCUGCUAUCCCUCUUCAUGGGAAAAUGAACCAGAAAACAAUCCUGGCGCUCCUCGCUCUGGCUGUCAUCACCAUCUUUGCUUUGGUUUGUGUCCUGCUAGUGGGCAGGGGUGAAGAUGGGGGUGAACCCAGCCAGCUUCUCCACUGCCCCUCCAUAUCUCCCAGUGCCCAGCCUUGGCCACACCCUGGCCAGAGCCAGCUGUUUGCAGACCUGAGCCGAGAGGAGCUGACAGCUGUGAUGCGCUUUCUGACCCAGCGGCUGGGGCCAGGGCUGGUGGAUGCAGCCCAGGCCCAGCCCUCAGACAACUGUGUCUUCUCAGUGGAGCUGCAACUGCCUCCCAAGGUGGCUGCCCUGGCCCACCUGGACAGGGGGAGCCCCCGACCUGCCCGGGAGGCACUGGCCAUCGUCUUCUUUGGUGGACAACCCCAGCCCAAUGUGAGUGAGCUGGUGGUGGGGCCGCUGCCUCACCCCUCCUACAUGCGGGAUGUGACCGUGGAGCGUCAUGGAGGCCCUCUGCCCUAUCACCGCCGCCCCGUGCUGUUCCGAGAAUACCUGGACAUAGACCAGAUGAUCUUCGACAGAGAGCUGCCCCAGGCUUCUGGGCUUCUCCACCACUGUUGCUUCUACAAGCCCCGGGGACGGAACCUGGUGACAAUGACCACAGCUCCCCGUGGUCUACAGUCAGGGGACCGGGCCACCUGGUUUGGCCUCUACUACAACAUCUCAGGGGCUGGGAUCUUCCUCCACCAUGUGGGCUUGGAGCUGCUGGUGGACCACAAGGCCCUGGACCCUGCCCGCUGGAGCAUCCAGAAGGUGUUCUAUCAAGGCCGCUACUACGACAGCCUGGCCCAGCUGGAGGCCCAGUUUGAGGCUGGCCUGGUGAACGUGGUGCUGAUCCCACACAAUGGCACAGGUGGGUCCUGGUCCCUGAAGUCCCCUGUGCCCCCGGGUCCGGCUCCCCCUCUGCAGUUCUAUCCCCAGGGUCCCCGCUUCAGUGUCCAGGGAAGUCGAGUGACCUCCUCACUGUGGACUUUCUCCUUUGGCCUCGGAGCAUACAGUGGCCCAAGGAUCUUUGACGUUCGCUUCCAGGGAGAACGACUAGCUUAUGAAAUCAGCCUCCAAGAGGCCUUGGCCAUCUAUGGUGGAAAUUCCCCAGCAGCAAUGGUGACCCGCUAUGUGGAUGGAAGCUUUGGCAUGGGCAAGUACUCCACGCCCCUGACCCGUGGGGUGGACUGCCCCUACCUGGCCACCUACGUGGACUGGCACUUCCUUUUGGAGUCCCAGGUCCCCAAGACAAUACGCGAUGCCUUUUGUGUGUUUGAGCAGAACCAGGGUCUCCCCCUGCGGCGGCACCACUCAGAUCUCUACUCUUACUACUUUGGGGGCCUUGCGGAAAUGGUGCUGGUCAUCAGAUCAGUGUCUACCUUGCUCAACUAUGACUAUGUGUGGGAUAUGGUCUUCUACCCCAAUGGGGCCAUAGAAAUCAGAUUCCAUGCCACUGGCUACAUCAGCUCAGCAUUCCUCUUUGGUUCUACUGGGAAGUAUGGGAACCAAGUUGCAGAGCACACCCUGGGCACGGUCCACACCCAUAGCGCCCACUUCAAGGUGGAUCUGGAUGUAGCAGGACUGGAGAACUGGGUCUGGGCCGAGGAUAUGGCCUUUGUCCCCAUGGCUGUGCCCUGGAGCCCUGAGCACCAGAUGCAGAGGCUGCAGGUGACCCGGAAGUUGCUGGAGACGGAGGAGCAGGCCGCCUUCCCCGUGGGAGGCGCCACCCCUCGCUACCUGUACCUGGCCAGCAACCACAGCAACAAGUGGGGUCACUCUCGGGGCUACCGCAUCCAGAUGAUCAGCUUUUCUGGGGAGCCGCUGCCGCAGAACAGCUCCAUGGAGAGAGGCUUCAGCUGGGAGAGGUACCAGCUGGCCGUGACCCAGCGGAAGGAGGAGGAGCCCAGUAGCAGCAGCAUCUUCAAUCAGAAUGACCCUUGGGCCCCCACUGUGGAUUUCAAUGACUUCAUCAACAAUGAGACCAUUGCUGGAAAGGACUUGGUGGCCUGGGUGACAGCUGGUUUUCUGCACAUCCCACAUGCAGAGGACAUUCCUAACACGGUGACUGUGGGGAACGGCGUGGGCUUCUUCCUCCGACCCUACAACUUCUUUGACGAAGACCCCUCCUUCUACUCUGCCGACUCCAUCUACUUCCGAGAGGACCAGGAUGCCGGGGCCUGUGAGGUCAACCCCCUGGCUUGCCUGCCCCAGGCUGCUGCCUGUGCCCCCGACCUCCCUGCCUUCUCCCACGGGGGCUUCUCUCACAACUAGGCAGUCCCUGGGAUGGGACAUAUGGCCAAGGGCUCCAGGCCAGGGCGUGAGGGAUGGGGAGCAGCUGGGCACUGGGCCGGCAGCCUGGUUUCCUUUCCCAUACACCAGGACUUUUUCUUCUACUGCCCUCCCUCGCAUCCCCCUCUAUGCUGAGCCUGUGAUGGCUGACACAGGGGACACUCAGCAUUGUGGAUGCCAGCUGUGCUGAGUUCCCAUCCAGAGAGGCGAGGCAUGGCGCAGCCUGGAGCCUGAAGCUGUGGCCAAGGGCUUCCCUAGAUGGUUCCCUUUUUUGCUGUCUGGCUUUCCCAAAUCUUUUUAGGCCAUUUCCAAGGACUCUAAAAGGGAAUGAUUCCCUGGAGAUCCCAUGGUAGGGUUACCAGUCCUGCAAGUCCAUAGCCGAGCUGGGAGGGAUGCUUCUGCUCACAUUCCCUCUCAUCCAGGUUCCUUCUCUUCCUCCCUCUCAUCCAGGUUCCUUCUCUUCCUCCCUCUUACCUACUUCCUCCUCCUCCUGGUCCUGCCUUCUCUUCCAUGCUGCAAUUUCUCCUGAAGCCUGACGGGGUAUCCCUAUGUCCCAGCCCCUGGUGCUCCCCCAGACCUCAGUUCUUAAUCAACUUCAGUCUCCUCUCCAGCCCUUUGGAAGUCUCAAAGAUGCAAUGGGACACCUAAUUGGAGUGGCCGAUCCUUGUGUGUCCCUUGUGUCUGUUGCUUAUUGGGAGUAGGAGUUGCUGCCACCUCUGUCCUGGCGCAGGGCAUGGUUCAGGACAGCUCCCUCUGCACAUUUGUGUCUGCCUGCCUUGCGCUCUGUAGAGGAGGAUGGUCAUCGUGACAGAAGCAGCCCAAGUUAGCAUUUCAAGUGGUUUUGAGGAUUCAACGAUAAUGAAGAAUAGUCAUUUUGUGCCUGGGCUCUGUAUUCUGCGACAGCCUGUUUGGGAGGCUGGAAACCAAGGGUGGGCAUCAAAGGUGAGAAAUCAAAGCCCCUAAACUCCAGCCACCCAGCCAGGGGCUGUCCAGUCGCGUUCAGGCAUGCAAAUGAGCUGGGCCCUGGGUGGGUGGGGGCGGGGCGGGCCUGGCCUAAGGGGAAGGGGCCUGGCCUGGCCUGGCUUGGGCUCCCCCCACCACUGCUGUCCCUCCUGAGGUCUGGAUUGGGGAUGGGGACAGAGAAAUAGAAAGAGUUGAGAAACAACAGAAACAUUUUUCCCUAAAGAAUUAGUUCUCAUACAGCCUUACAAUACAAUGCAGCUAAAAAAAAAUUGUAUGUCUUUAUAUACUAAUAUAUAAUAAUCUUCAAGUGAAAAUAGCAAGACACAGAAAUGUGUAUAGCGCACUUCCCAUUUGUGUUUUAGAAAGGAGGAGAAUAUAAAUACAUGUGUGCUUAUGUAUGUCUAUCCAUUCAGAAGAAAUGGAUAACACUGAUUACUUCUGGGAGGGGAACCAGGAGGUUGAGGACAGGGGAGGGAAGGCUCUCAGCACUUAUGCCCUUUUGUACAUUUUGAAUUUUAAACGUGACUGUAUUAUCUAUUCAAAAUAAACAAUAAAUGGGCCCAAACGGGAACUGACUUUUUUUUUUUUUUGAGACAGAGUUUCGCUCUUGUUACCCAGGCUGGAGUGCAAUGGCGCGAUCUCAGCUCACCGCAACCUCUGCCUCCUGGGUUCAGGCAAUUCUCCUGCCUCAGCCUCCCGAGUAGCUGGGAUUACAAGUGUGUGCCAUCAUGCGCAGCUAGUUUUUGUAUUUUUAAUAGAAACAGGGUUUCACCAUGUUGACCAGGAUGGUCUCAAUCUCUUGACCUUGUGAUCCACCGGCCUCGGCCUCCUGAGACUUUUUUUUUAAUUACAUUUUUUAAAAGCAGGUUGGGGGUAGGAUAAAGUGGGUUAAGGAAUGGGAUCAGGGAUGAAAUUUUCUCAAGUUCCUGAGAGCCAGAGAAGCAGGUGUGGCCUCUAGUAACUCCUUUUGCCUUCUCAUGCUUGUACAUCUUUUUUUUUUUUUUUUCCUGAGACAGAGUCUUGCUCUGUUGCCCAGGCUGGAGUGCAAUGGCAUAAUCUCAGCUCACUGCAACCUCUGCCUUCCAGGUUCAAGCAAUUCUCCUGCCUUAACCUCCUGAGUAGCUGGGAUUACAGGCGUGCACCACCAUGCCCAGCUAAUUUUGUAUUUUUAGUAGAGAUGGGGUUUCACCAUGUUGGUCAGGUUGGUCUUCAACUCCUGACCUCAGGUGAUCCGCCCGCCUUGGCCUCCCAAAGUGUUGGGAUUACAGGUGUGAGCCACCAUGCCUGGGCUGAACUUCUUCUUUCAAUGCAUAUACUGUUGUCCCUACCCCUUUACAGCUCCUUCUAAUGGCUACUUGCAUCAUCGCCAGUGCUGGGGGAAGGGGAGCAAAGAAAUUCAGAUAUCCACCCCCACUCACUCAGCAUCUCGUUCACUUGAAUUUAGUUGCCUUGAGCCCCAUCUCCAGACCAAAGAUCAUGAGUGUUUGUGGUGUGUGUGUAAUUGUGUGUCAACUGUCACACACUUUUAUAUGAAAACGUGACCUGUUGUGUCUGCCUCCUUACGUCUCAGCAUGGUGAUGAAGCCACCUGCUCCAGGCCCCAGAUGAGGGGAGCCAGAAUGGGCAUCUAGAUUCUUAGAGCAUCAGUUCAGCUCAAGUCAGGAGGGCCGCAAGGCGAACCCCCAGCCCCAUGCCCCAAUUCAGUCUCUUCCUUAGGCCACAGAAUUUGUCUGGAGUCUUAGCCUCAGACUUGUCAAUUGUCGAGGAGUGAUUACUGGCUGAGGAUGGCAGGUUCUGAAGGAACUGGUGCCGCCGAGGCUCAGAUCUUUAGGACCUGGGACCCAGUGGCCUGAGGUGAAGGAGCUCGACAAGGAUAUCCCUGAGGCUUGGGUCACAGGGCAUGACUAGGACUUCUCCAGGAAUGUGAAGACAACCCCCUCACAACCCCCUGUGAGGACAUGAGAUGUGGCUGCUUUCCUCACCUCUUGCUUUUGAGAUGAAGUUUCACUCUUGUCUCCCAGGCUGAAGUGCAAUGGCACGAUCUCGGCUCACUGCAACCUCUGUUUCCCAGGUUCAAGUGAGUCUUCUGCCUCAGCCUCCCAAAUACCUGGGAUUAGAGGCACAUGCCACUACACCCAGCUAAUUUUGUAUUUUUAGUAGACACGGGGUUUCUCCAUGUUGGUCAGGCUGGUCUUGAACUCCUGAGCUCAGGCAAUCUGCCCACCUCGCCCUCCCAAAGUGCUGGGAUUACAGGCCUGAGCCACCGCGCCUGACCCACUUUUCUUUUUGUUUAUUUUUCUGAGAUAGUAUAUUGCUCUGUUCCCCAGGCUGAAGUGUAAUAGCAGCUAAUUUUUUUUUUCACUUUUUUGUAGAGAUGUGGGUCUCACUAUGUUGCCCAGGCUGAUCUCCAACUUCUGGGCUCAAACAAUCUUCCUGCCUCAGCAUCCCAAAGUUCUGGGAUUAUAGACAUGAGCCACCAUGCCCAGUUACUUUCCUUUCUUUUCCUUCCUUCCUUCCUUCCUUCCUUCCUUCCUUCCUUCCUUCCUUCCUUCCUCCCUCCCUCCCUCCCUCCCUCCCUCCCUUCCUUCCUUCCUUUCUUCUUUCCUUCCUUCUUACUUUUUUUUCUGAGAUGGAGUCUUGCUCUGUCACACAGGCUAGAGUGUAAUGGCACAAUCUUGGCUCACUGCAACCUCUGCCUCCCAGGUUCAAGCGAUUCUUGUGCCUCAGCCUCCCAAGUAGCUGGGAUUACAGACAUACACUACCACACCCAUCUAAUUUUUGUAUCUUUUGUAGAGACGGGGUUUCACCAUGUUGGCCAGGCUGGUCUCGAACUCCUGACCUCAGAUGAUCCACCUGCCUCAGCCUCCCAAAGUGCUGAGAUUAUAGGCAUGAGCCACAUUACCUGGCCUUAUUAUUAUUAUUUUUUUUUAUGUUAGAUAGCCAGCUCUAUGACCUUAGAAAUUAAACUACAGGCAUGUUUGUUGAGGGUGCUCACCUUUAGGGUUAGGUCAGACUCUGGAAUCUGGGACUUUCCCAGGACGCUCUGCUAGUCUUCAGUGGACAAUGAUCACUGCUGUUAAACUCACUUUGCACUGCCCUGGCCAAGCCAAGCCUUGCCAAGGUGAAGACAGAGGAGGGGCCUGGGCAUGAGUUCCUCUCUGAGGCUGUCACUUCCCUAAGGCCUUGCUUGGGUAGGAGAGUGGGCGCUAGCCUCUUUCCCUCAAAACUCUCUCUCUCUCCGCGCCCCCACCCCACCCACUACUUGUGAAUCUCACAAAAUUCCCCAAAGACCUGCCCUCUGCAGGGUACCUCUCAAAAACCUUUCUGCUUCCCACGUUGAUCCAGGGAGCUGUCAUCUGUAAUCCAAACAUUUAGGGAGGCUGCAGCACAAGAGCCCAGAAAUUUGAGACUGCCGUGAGCUGUGUGAUGACACCACUGCACUCCAUGCACUCUAGCCUGGGUGACAGGGCAAGACCAUGUCUCAAAAAAAAGUCUUUUUAAAAUAGCUUUUUCACGAAGAGCUUCUACAGAACAUGAAAACCAGCUCAGCAAGAGAAAAUGCGGUUCUUGUUUUCCCUGAGGACAAGGAGGGCUCGCCUGACUGGAGAGGGGAGUUAUUAUGUUGAAAUUCCAUCCUGGGGGCAAGGGGAACCCUACUUUUCUCACAGCCUUGAAAUGAACCCCACCACUUCUACAGCUUUAAAGAAUAAGAGAAAGAGGCUGGGCGCAGUGGCUCAGGCCUGUAAUCUCAGCAUUUUGGGAGGCCGAGGCUGGAGGCUAUAAUUACAAGGUCAGGAGACCAGCCUGGUCAAUAUGGUGAAACACCGUCUCUACUAAAAAUACAAAAAUUAGCCUAGGGUAUGGUGGCAUUCGCCUGUAGUCCCAGCUACUCUGAAGGCUGAGGCAGGAGAAUUGCUUGAACCCAGGAGGUGGAGGUUGCAGUGAGCCGAGAUUGUACCACUGCACUCCAGCCUGGGUAACAGAGUAAAACUGUCUUGAAAAAAAAAGAAAGAGAGAAAAAAAAGAGGUUAAAAAAAAAAAAGGAAAGAAAGAGAAAGAAUGAACAAGAGAUAGAAAAACCAGGCAAGUUUUCUUACCAAAAUAUGUCAAAGUUUCUUUAUCAAAAUACAUCCAAUGGCAUAAACGUUUCUGGAUAGCAUGACACUUCUGGUGUUGAUUUAUCUGGUUAAACUCUCCAGGUCUCCAGCUGUCUGUUUCACUGCCUUCCUGCAACCACAACCUUGCUGAAAAUAUGCGCCACGCAAGGCUUGAUGAUCUUACCUCCUCUGCCCACUCCCAUCCUCAUCCCCAACUCCCACUAAAGAGGCUGAUCCUUGGCUGCUCCCCCCUUGUGCUGAGCCGUUCCAGGUUCCUGUGUCUUUGCUGGAACAACCCCUUCCCCUUCUCUGCCAGGUGAAUGCAUCAUCUUCAAGGUUGGCUCGUGUAGUGGGGAGACCCCAUAAGUGGCAAGGCAGGAGUCAGAAGCCUCAGCCUAUUUCCAUAUAAAUAAUGAAGAAGAAAGUAACUAGAAACAUAACUGUAGUAUUUAUUAGUUAUUCAUAGGAGAUCUUAGUUAUUCAUAGGUGAUCCUAAUUCUUUUACUAAUGCCUCUCAGGUGGGAAGUGUGAACCUGGGGUGACACUGUGAAAGAAAUGACCCUGGCAGGUGCGGUGGCUCACGCCUAUAAUCCCAGCACUUUGGGAGGCUGAGGCGGGUGGAUCACGAGGUCAAGAGAUCGAGACCAUCCUGGUCAACAAGGUGAAACCCCAUCUCUACUAAAAAUACAAAAAUUAGCUGGGCAUGGUGGUGAGUGCCUGUAGUCCCAGCUACUCGGGAGGCUGAGGCAGGAGAAUUGCUUGAACCCAGAAGGCGGAGGUUGCCAUGAGCCGAGAUCGUGCCAUUGCACUCCAAUCUGGGUAACAACAGUGAAACUCCAUCUCAAAAAAAAAAAAAAAGAAAUGACCCUAAGGCAAGACGCUUUAAGCCCUGUCACACCCCUGGAAGGGCUGCUGGAAGGCGCCUUGGCUGUGUGGCAGCUCCAGUGCGGAGAGCGCCUGUGGUUUAGCCAGCUGGGGAAGGUGAUGUCCAAGAUGGCUGAGACAUCUCCUUCCUCAGGGGAGUGAGGAGAAAACUCCGCUCCCCCAAGCUCUUUCGGUAGGCCUGACGGCUGUCAGGGAAGCCCACAGACAUCCCGGGGCUUAACUGUCUCUAUGUGAUGCUGUGCUUCAGCGGUCACGUUCCAUGUCCACUCUCAUGUUCCACCUCCGCACCUGGUUCCUUUUGUCUUAGAAGAGUUAAUCAGUAAAAGUGAUGUAAAUCUUAAUGUCUUUGUUCUUUCUUGACAAGUAUGGAAAGAGCUGACGCAUUAUGCUCCUCACCUCAUCUCGGCUACUAGAAGGUCUUAGGCCCCUACCUAAAUGACACGUGAUGUACUUGACCCUAUCACUGACCACCACCAAUGCCACGUCCUACCUACCCUGCCCCCGGCUUUGUACUCAAUAAAAGUCAGAGCGCGUGGGCACUCAGGGCCACUGCCGGACUCGAGCUUUGGUUAGCAGUGGACCCCUGGGCCCAAACUCUCUUUUCUCUA